AUGUGGUCUUAUGAUAACCCCCGCCCGCGUGGCAGGCUCGGAUUGGACGAGGCGUUUGUGGACCUUUCACCUCAAGUGGCCGCCAUGGUGGCAGCAGGAAGCUUCAAGGAAGGCUUCCUUGGGCAUGUGGAGAGGGGUGCAGCAACAGGAGGAGGAAAAGGAGGAGGGGCAAGUGAGAUUGAUAGGGAAGGCGGACGAGGAAGUGAGGAGAAUGAUCAUGAUGAUCGUUGUCUGUUUCUGGGGCCAGGAGAGUGCCACUUGGCAGCAGGCAGUUGGCUGGCCGGCGAGGCAAGGCGAGCAGUGGAGGAGGAGACCGGGUACCAGAUGUCAUGUGGCGUGUCACACAAUAAAAUGCUAGCCAAGCUUGUGAGCUCCCGCCACAAGCCCAAUGACCAGACGACACUUGUCGCGUCCGCAGCCGUGGAUUUCAUCUCCAAUCUGCCCGUCCGGAAGGUACCAGGUGUUGGCAGGCGAUUGGAGGAGCAGCUUGCCUCGAGGGGUGUUACUGUAAUGAAGGGUCUUCUCGCCUUCACCCUUCAAGAUCUGCAGAUGUGGCUCGGCCCGAAGCUGGCGCCAUUCCUCUUUGGUGCGUGCCGAGCCUACGACCCCACACCGGUGACAUGCAAGGGACCAGCCAAGAGUGUGUCUGUGGAAGACUCGUUCCCGCCCAUCCACUCCCUUGCACGGGCUAAGCCUAUCGUGCACAGCCUGCUACCUGACCUGCUCACUCGCAUAGACGAGGAGUGGGAGGAGACAAGGAGACGACCAAAGACGUUCACUGUCAAAUGGAGGAAGAGAGAGAAGGAGUACCGGUUCACCUCUGCCUCGUGCCCCAUGCCUUCCCAAGCCCUCUCUCCCUCCACCCCUCCCGCCCUCCGCGUUUCCUCUCUCCUCCGCCUCGCCUCCUCCCUUCUCUCCCGUGCCUUCACUUCUCCUUCAGCUGCAGCUGCCACUUGUAGCAGCAGUAGAACAGAAGCUUCUGAGCUACCUUCUCUUCCAGCAGUGGCCAGCUCUACUGCUGCUGCCAGUUGUGAUGCUCGUGAUUCCGCAUUUCAGGUCCUCCCAGUGCUGGUGAUCAACGUGGGUGCCACGAAUUUCCUCUCCUCCUCCCCCCAGCAGCCCGAGUGUGGGCAGCCAGGGAGUGCUGCUGCUGCUGGGGGCCUGCAGCGGUGGCUGAAGAAAUCACACAGUACAGACAUUGGGAAUGCUGGUGGAGGGGACCUGCAGCAGUGUCUUGAAACACACAGAACAGACACGGGAAGAUUCAAUGCUGGGGGCCUGCAGCGGUGGCUGAAAUCACACAGUACAGACACUGGGAAUGCUGGUUCUGGGGGUCUGCAACAAGGCAUCAAGCCACACAGAACCGACACUGGGAGUGCUGGUGCGGAGGGGCAGACGGCUCUGCCACUGCGGAGGGAUGCUGCUGCUGCUGGGAGUAUGGAUCGGUGGGUGAAGCCGCGAGGAGUGGGCGCAGGGUAUUUUGUACAGCGGGAAAGGGAGCAGAGAGAUGGGAGAGAGGAGGAAGAUGAGAUGAAAGGGAAGAAUGUGGUACUCGGUGCUGAGAAGAGAUGCUCGCAGGUGCUCCCACUGAGGAAGGCUGGGAGUGGGUACUUGGAUCGGUGGCUGGGGCCUCGAGUGGGUUCUAGGAAGAUGGGAGAAGAGGAGGAACUGGUGACGCAGGGAGGGGUGGCGAAGGCUGAUAUUGUUGAAGUGGAGGAGAGAGUGAGGGAUGGAGAGGGAGGGAAGGUGAGGGAUGCUGAUGAGGAUAACUAUGCUCAGGUGAUGCAUAAUGGUGGGUGUGUUGCAGAAGUGGUUCAAGGCUGGAUGGCUGUCAACGAGGGUGGAGGGGGGAUGUCGUAUCAGCCUGCAGAUUUGGACCUUGGCCGAAGGGGUGGAGGAGCAUCGUGA